GAUUACGAACAACGCGCAUAAACAAUCGCAGCGUUGUAGUGGUAGGACGCGUUUGUAAAAAAUCGAAAACUUUUACGAAAAUAAUUAUUGCAACAUAAUUUUAAUUUAUUUAUACCAAGUUGAAGUUCAGAAAAAGUAAGCCAGAAAUAUGAAGGGCGUAGCGGUUCUGCUGUGCCUGGUGGCGGGCGCCUGCGCAGUCUCCUUGCUCGACCUCGUCCGGGAGGAAUGGAAUGCUUUUAAGAUGGAGCACAGCAAGCAGUACGACAGCGAGGUGGAGGACAAGUUCCGCAUGAAGAUCUACGUGGAGAACAAGCACCGCAUCGCCAAGCACAACCAGCGCUUCGAGCAGCGCCUCGUCUCGUACAAGCUCAAGCCCAACAAGUACGCCGACAUGCUGCACCACGAGUUCGUGCACACCAUGAACGGAUUCAACAAGACCGCCAAACACGGUGGACGUAACAAGGUCGUGCACAGCAAGGGCCGCGACGGUCGCGCCGCCACCUUCAUCGCGCCGGCGCACGUCUCGUACCCCGACCACGUGGACUGGCGCAAGAAGGGCGCCGUCACCGACGUCAAGGACCAGGGCAAGUGCGGCUCCUGCUGGGCCUUCAGUACUACGGGCGCGCUCGAGGGCCAACACUUCCGUAAGACGGGCUACCUCGUGUCACUCUCCGAGCAGAACCUCGUGGACUGCUCCGCCGCGUACGGCAACAACGGCUGCAACGGCGGCCUCAUGGACAACGCCUUCAAGUACAUCAAGGACAACGGCGGCAUCGACACUGAGAAGUCCUACCCCUACGAGGCAGUUGAUGACAAGUGCAGGUACAACCCCAAGAACUCUGGCGCCGAUGACGUCGGCUUCGUAGACAUCCCACAAGGUGAUGAGGAAAAACUAAUGCAGGCCGUAGCCACCGUGGGACCCAUCUCCGUCGCCAUCGACGCCUCACAGGAGACCUUCCAGUUCUACUCAAAGGGAGUCUACUACGAUGAGAACUGCUCCUCUACUGAUCUGGAUCACGGAGUGAUGGUGGUGGGCUACGGCACGGAGGAGGAGGGCGGCGACUACUGGCUCGUGAAGAACUCGUGGGGCCGCUCGUGGGGCGAGCUCGGCUACAUCAAGAUGGCGCGCAACAAGAACAACCACUGCGGCAUCGCAUCCAGCGCCUCCUACCCACUCGUAUAGACGAUCUUAACAUUACCCACCAUGAACACAUCCCUCAAUCUCUACACUAGCACCUAGCAGUUCGACUGAUGUAAAUUACUAAAAAUGUGUGUUCAAUGUAACUUGCAAUUAAAGAUAUAACUAACUGUAUGAGAACAAUGGCAAGUCAGUCGCCAGAUGAACAUUCCACGAAGUUGUCGUGUCUAGAGUUAAGUGUAAAUUUAUGAAUAAUAUAUAAUUGUAUUAUGUUAAGUUAGCGCAGAGUAAUUAAGUAAAGCAACACUUGUGAUAUUAUAGUUAUCAUCUCGCGUCACUGUAGCGUUGUUAGCUGAAUAUAAAUAACAUAUUUUAUAACAAA